AGGCAUAUAUAAAAGAGUUCCAGAAAGUCUCUAUUACAUCCAACACCUCCAGAGAAGAUCAAUUAUCAUCACAGAAUCAAAGAAUUUGAGAAUUAGAAGGAACCUCAGAGGCCAUCUAAUCCAACUCAUAGACAAAACAUAGCCCCAUUAUAAUACAACUUACCCAAGUGAUAAUCAUUCAACAUCUGCUUGAAGACUUCUGAAGAGGAGGAACUCAACAGCUUUUUAGACAGCACAUCUGCCUUUUCACAAAUUUACACUUCCUGCCUAUUAAAAAGAUGACCUGCAAUGAAUCCAGUAAUGGUAGCCAGAAAAUUAAUACCUGCUUCCCUUCACAUGGUCCCAACAUAGAAUCCUCCAUCAUGACCUUCUUUAAUUUGAUCACUUCUCUGUGUGGGCUUCUGGGAAAUGGCAUCGUCCUGUGGUUUCUCAGUUUCUACAUUAAGAAAAGUCACUUUACCAUCUACAUCCUCAAUCUGACAGUUGCUGACUUCAGCUUCCUCCUGGGACGUGUAAUUUGGUACCUCGUCAAGAUUCUAUAUGUGUAUACUAGCCAUCUUCUUACCAAGUGCUCCAUGUUUUAUAUAUGUCAUGGAACGCUUGUAUUCAAUAUCUUUGUGUAUAACACAGGGCUGGGCUUCCUGACGGUUAUCAGUGUGGAGAGGUGUCUUUCUAUGCUCUAUCCCCGCUGGUAUAGAUGUCACCAUUUGAAAAAGAAAUCUCCUUCUAUCUGUGCUUUCAUCUGGUGCCUUUCAGUCUUCAUGGCGGUCCUGGAGUUGUACUUUGAGAUCUACAUAGGGAACACCUACAAGACCUGGAGGUACAUCAUUACUAUCUCUAGCUGUAUACUUAACUUCCUGGUGUUCAUGCCUCUGAUGGUUCUAUCCAGUCUGAUUCUCUUUGUGAAGUCCUGGAAGCGAUCCCGGCACCACCAUCCUGCCAAGCUCCACAUCACCAUUCUGGUGACCAUCCUUGUGUUCCUUUUCUUUGGCUUUCCGCAGAAGGUUUGGUUUAUUGUCCAUUUUGGGUUCAAAGUGGCUGUCCAUAGGUCUGUCUCCAUGGUUUUUGAGCUUCUCUCCUGCAUCAACAGCAGCGCCAACCCUGCCAUUUACUUCUUUGUUGGCAACCUCUGGAAGAAUAAGAAAAGAAGGUCCCUAAAGCUGACUCUCUUGAGAGCCUUCAAGGAGGAUUUCCAAGGGAGAGGGGAUAGAAGGACUCUCCCUGCCACCAGUUCAGAGACCAUAGAGAGGAAGCACCCAAAGAAGUAGUCCCGAAACCACAUGAGUGUGAAGACUUUCUCACCAAGGGUGAGAUGCAACUUUCUAAGCCUUCAGCAAAAAAAGUCAUGAUUUCCCCCUUCAAUACUUUUUUCCUAGGAAACUGAGGCCAGUAUGACAUUAAAUUUCCAAUAUGGGGGCAAAGAAUAAUAACAAAAAAUGAAAUUCACAGAACUCUUCCAGGUUUUCAAAGCACUUUACAGACAGCUCAUUUGAAAUUCACAACAACCCUGGAAGAUCAGUACUACAUAGAUUAUCUCUAUUUCACAGAUGAGAAGGAACCAGAGGCUCAAAGGCUUGACCAGGAUUACCUAAUUAGCAAAUGUUAAUGGUAAGAUUUAAAUCCAGAUGUUCCUGGUUCCAAACCCAGGUCUCUGUCUAUAAUGCUACACUGCCCCUCAAGUAUGGAACAAUGGCACACCACUCAAAGUCUUGAAUCCAGCAAAAUAUUGUGAUUUCCCCCCUCCUACUAGACUAUGAACAAGAACUAUAGUCUUUAAACAUUUAUUAAAUUGACUAGUCAAUAAAUCUCAGAUCAACUGCUUGUUCUGAGCUCAGUCUAUGUUCAGGGUGGAGGGGUUAUAGAAGUCCCUGAUAUAUAAUAGGUAUUCCAUGAAUUUUUGCUGAAGUAAUAGAACCACUGAUCAGAGGUCGGGAGGGACUUCAGAGGCCAUUUAACACCCCCCCCCCACAUCUUAUUUUACAGACAAGGAAACUUAGGCCCAAAGAAGACUCUGAGCAAUAAUCCUCCUUCCCCCUGCACCUGUUUAAUGUUGGGCCAAACCCAGGAACUAAUUUUCUGUCCAAGAUACCCUACCACAUCGCUAGGAUCAAACAGCAGUCCUAGCAGAGAGGGAUAGGAAGCCCAAAUGAGGAGUCAGGGAGCCAGGAAAUUCUCAGCUGGAGGCUGAGCCAGGACUGUAGAAGAACUCAUCCAGGAACAUUGGGCAGAUGCUCUGCUGGGGGAUUUUCUCAUGCCCCCCCACACACACAUAACAGAGUUCUCCAGAACAAUCUGGUGCCCAGAUCAGAAAGACAGGAAAUGAUCUGCCAUAAUCACGCAAGGGGCCACAAAGCCAAGGAAGGAAUUAAUAGAAAAUUGGGAAAAACCCAAGAGAACUUCAACCAGUUGGAAAGAGGAUAGCAACAUGUUUGAGCCUGGAAGUGCAAUCGGUUCUGGGAAGACAAUCAAUCUCUUCCAGGGCUUGACAAGAUAAACUCAAGGGACACCAGAACAGGCUAUCUGCACCAUUGCCAUUAUUACAGUUUCCAACAGGAAGGAGCUCAAAUUCCCAAGUUGGAAGGGCUGAAACCCAAGAAAAGACUAGGUCAGGAUGAAAAGUGGGAUGGGAUUUUUCACAUGAGCAAAGGGUAACAAAGAGGAAGACAGGAUGGAAGCAUGAGGUCCAACCAAAUGGGAAUGGUGUCUUGUGUCCACUCCACACAUUCGUGGACUAUGACACAGACUGUGGGCAUCUAAGAAAAAAAGAGACGAACAUGGUGAUGAUCUCAAGACAAAGAAUAAUGGACUGGAGGGCAGAGGCUCAUUCCUUCUUAUAUGUUUCCUCAGAGCCUAAUACAGUGCUUGGCACAUGGUAGACCCAUAAUAAAAUUAUGUUCAACUGGAUUGACUGAGGCACUGUGGUCCAGGUGGUCCAGGGGAUGGAUUGGUGGACUCGGCGCCAGAAGUCCUACACUCAGCUCAAACACUUGCUGGCUAUAGUCCUGUGGACAAGUUCUAGAUUUUUAUGCUUAGGUCUUUAUCUGUAAAAUGGGGGCAGUGCUCUCACUACCUCACACAUUUAUUCUGAAGCUUUGUUUAUUUUGUAAAGUUGUCUUGAGAGUCAACCUGCCAUGGUGACUAGAGUGGUUUGAAAUCAGGGCCUUGAAUACCACCUUUUUUAA